AUGACUUGGGGCGCGACUCUUGUGGUUCCGCAAGCAAUCGAAUGGAAAACUUCCAUAUCACACUCCGCUACUUCCCUCAACUAUGGUAUUCUGCUACAAGGCUUCGGUGGUAUCUUUGCAGUCCCACUGAUCGAUGCAUACGGCCGCUUGCCACUUUGGUUGUAUCCGCAACUCGUCACCCUUUUCGUUGUUGUUGGAUGCAUCUACGCACAGUCUUGGUCGGUUUUCACGGCAUUGCGUGCUUUGCAAGGUUUGUUCGGUACUGUGCCCCAGGUGAUUGGUUUGCCAAUCAUUCAUGAUAUGUACGCUCCUCGCGAUUGGCCUCGGUACAUCAAUAUUUGGGGCACGACAUUCCUCAUCGGACCAUUUCUUUUUCCUGCGCUUGCCGGUUAUAUUCUAAGCGGAACUGGCUCCUGGCGCGAUUCUUUCAGAGUCCUUGCUGGAUUCUACGGCCUGUCAUCAUUUCUAAUCUUUGCCUUUGGGCGUGAGACCUACUAUAAAUCUACCGGCAAGCAACCGACAAAUCGUGUCAAGGCAUUGAUCGGCAUUGGAAACACGGAUCUGCCAAAACGCCAAACUCUCUUAGCUUCAACAUUGAACAUUAUCAAGCUCACCCUCACGCCACCCAUCCUCCUGGUCGGGAUCUCAACCAUGGUAAACUUUACCUGGCCGAUCGGCAUCACCACAACCGUUGACUCUUUUGUUCGAGCACCCCCUUAUCUAUUUGACGAUGUUGCUGACGCUUCAAUUCGUUUUGCUGGUGUCAUUGGCGCUCUUCUUGGUUUUGCCUUUGGUUACUUCUUCAAUGAGUGGAUUUACAAUGGCUCUGGUGGAAAACGAAAGACUCAUUGGCGGAGUGAGUAUCGGUUACAUGGAGUCUGGUUCCCAAUUGCUAGUAUGGUCUGCGGUCUUCUUACCUAUGGCUUAACCCUCCAUUACGGAAAGAGCUGGGUUGGGUUGGCAUUCGGGUGGGUGAUGGUGAACGUAGGUCUGGUUGGUAGUACAGUGGCCAUCACCGCUUUUGCACUCGAAAAGUAUCCUAAUCAAUCGACCGUUGUCAGUGCCAUCAUCAACAUGUGGAGGACUUGCGGUGGUUUUGCUGUGGGAUAUUUCCAGCCUAGUUGGAUCGCAAAAGAUGGCCUUGCUGCAGUUUUUGCCACGCAGGCAGCGGUUGUGGCCGUUUGCGUAGUCAUGUUGAUCGGAGGUACCAUUGUCUUGGGAAGACGUGCUUCAAAGGCCAAGGGCGAUACUUCAGCUUGA